GCCGAGCCAGACAUGGAGCCCCCCAGCAGCGGCGGUCCGGCGGACCAGCUGCCCGCGGACGAGGCCCCGGAGGCGGACAGAUCCAGGUCGCGGUCCGACAGUGGGAGUGGGGACGACUCCUCCGACGGCCUCCCCGCCCGUGUCCCCCGCUGCCCUUUGACACCGUCCUUGUCGCCACGGAAACGGACCACGAGCCUGUCGAAGACGGAGCCUCCGCUGCUGAGGACGGACAAACGGACCAUCUACACCGCAGGAAGACCCCCGUGGUACAACGUGGCCGGGACCACCUUCAAAGAGGCUUUUGUUAUUGGUCUGUGCGGAGGAAGUGCUUCUGGUAAAACCACCGUGGCCAAUAAGAUCAUCGAGGCGCUGGACGUUCCCUGGGUGGUGCUGCUCUCCAUGGACUCCUUCUACAAGGUGUUGAAUAAAGAAGAUGAGGAGCUGGCGGCCAAGAACGAGUAUAACUUUGACCACCCUGACGCUUUCGACUUCGAGCUGCUGGUCACUGUCCUCCGAAAGCUGAAGAAAGGCAAAAGCAUCAAAGUGCCGGUGUACGACUUCAACUCUCACUGCAGACGCAAAGAAUGGAAAACCGUGUACGGGGCCAAUGUGGUGAUCUUUGAGGGAAUCCUGGCCUUCGCCAACAAGGAGCUUCUGAAGCUUCUGGACAUGAAGGUGUUUGUUGACACGGACUCGGACAUCCGCCUGAUCCGGCGUCUGAAGAGAGACGUUUCACAGCGUGGACGCAACAUCAGCGGCAUCAUCAAGCAGUACAACAAGUUCGUGAAGCCGGCGUUCGAGCAGUACAUCGAACCCACGGUGCAGGUCGCCGACAUCGUGGUGCCCAGAGGAGGUGAGAAUUUCGUAGCGUUGGAUUUAAUUGUUCAACACGUUCACAGUCAACUGGAGAAGCGUGAGAGCACAGUGAGAUCGGCUCUGGCCUCGGCUCAUCAGGGUCAGCCGUUACCAAACACCCUCAGUCUCAUGGAGAGCACGCCGCAGGUCCGAGGCAUGCACACCAUCAUCAGGAACAAGGAGACAAACCGAGACGAGUUUAUCUUCUACUCCAAAAGAUUAAUGAGGCUUCUGAUCGAACACGCCCUCUCCUUCCUGCCUCUCAAGCCAGUUUCUGUGGAGACGCCUCAGGGUGGCGUCUACGAAGGCAAGAGGCUGGGCGGCCAACGAAUCACCGGUGUUUCGAUCCUGAGAGCAGGAGAGACCAUGGAGCAGGCUCUGAUGGCCGUGUGCAAAGACAUCCGACUGGGAAAGAUCCUCAUCCAGACCAACCAUGACACUGGAGAACCAGAGCUUCACUACCUCCGUCUGCCCAAAGACAUCACUGAGGACUACGUCAUCCUGAUGGACAGCACCGUGUCCACCGGAGCUGCUGCUCUCAUGGCCAUCCGAGUUCUGCUGGACCAUGAUGUAGCGGAGGAUAAGAUCUUCCUGUUGUCGCUGCUCAUGGCAGAGAUGGGCGUUCACUCGGUGGCCUACGCGUACCCUAAAGUCCGGAUCAUCACGACGGCGGUGGACAAAGAGGUCAACGACCAGUUCCACAUCAUACCCGGCAUCGGUAACUUUGGAGAUCGUUACUUCGGCACGGACGCUCCCUCCGACUGGUGUGAAAGUGACGAGGGGAUGGACAUCUGAGCAGAGGACCAAUCAGAGACGUGGAGCGUUGUUACAAAAGCACUUGUCUGUUUAGAACAAAGAAAAAGACUCUUCUUCAUCCCCUCGCGGCUCCGACCUGCUCGUCUUCGUCCUCCUGACCUGCGAGGUGAAGCUGCACCAUCGGGUCUCAGUCCAUUCCCCAUUCCUGUUUACAGCAACGUGUCGAGACGUCAGAGUUCCCAGCGUUGCUUCUCAUGUGGAUAUUUUCUGGCUUUGACGUCUUUUCACACACUGACAUCUCGACGGUCUGAGCUGCACAACCUACUGAGAAGAAAACGCUUGAUUAUAAUGUUGAAACUUGAGAAGCUGUCGAUGUUGACACCUUUAGAAUUAACGCGAGUGUUUGGUUCCUCUCAGGAUUUCGUUGGAGGAGAUUCAGCCGAAGAAAGUUCAAACUAGAGCGAUGCUCGGUUUCAUCGGCUGGAACAAAAGAA